AAUAAAAUAUUUUCAUUCUUAAAAGGCACACGAAAGGAAUCACCUCUCACACCAUUGAUGCCUUUGCCGUGCCCCCCUAUCAAAUCUAUUUUAUUCUUCAAUAUUCUGGCAUUAUUAUACUAUACAGAUCCCCCUCUUCUCUCGUCAUCAACAAAAACCACAAAACACUCUCUCACUAUGUAUUACUGCAAAUGACUUAGUGGCCCUUUUCUUUUCUUUUUUUUUUUUUUUUUUCCCCUCUGUAUUAAUUAGUUGCUGGUCUGGAACCGGUGAAACCGAAGCAAGUUCUCCGUGGGUAUCGAAGAGAAUUUCAAUUUGAAAUUUGGAGUUUGGAUAUAUUACGGGGCUCCUUAUGGGUUUGUCUAAAUUCUAGUAUUGGGGCUCCAUACUCAGUUUUUUUUUUUUCCUUUUUCUUUCUUGUUUUAUUUUCUUUUUAUGUUAAUGGUCUCACUCUUGAGUUGGGUUUCUGUGAGGAUUUUUUUAGUUUCUUUUAUGGGUUUUAAACACGAGCAAGAUACCUCAACAGAUUGAUUUUUUUGUAAAAAAAAAAAAAUGAUUCCAGCAUUGAGCUUUUAGAAUUUUACUGACAAAGACGUUACUUGCAUUGGAUAUUAACUCAAAUUUUGCAAAGAAUUAAGUGAGUUUAUAGUUUUUGUGGGGGAAUAAUGUCUGGUGGGACACCAGUUGGCGGUGGAUAUAUGAGGCAAAGGCAUAGUCAGGGUUAUGCGUCGAGUGGUGAUGACCUUGAAGAUGAUGCGUGCUCUAGGCCCCAACCUUUCUCACCUCCAACUAGUCGACCGAGGACUUGGCUUGAGAUUUUGGAGAACGCGCUUUGGAUUGCUUCAGCUCUUUUCAUUAUUUACUAUGGUGAUCGCCAUUCCAAUUUUAUCUAUCUUCUAUGGCACGAUGACAGAAUUAGAAGAUUGCCUUUAUACCUUGGACUGUUGUGUUUUGGAUUGAAUGUUACCUUCUUCUUUUAUUCAAGUAUGUUAAUAUGGAGCGUCAGGAGAUUUGAUGAAAAAUGGGAAUUAUUCAGUAUGUCUGCUUUGCCAUUUGUUACGCUGCUUGGCCUUGUCUCCUUUUGCCUGCUCUCUUUUGCUUUGUGGCCAAUUUGGAGUUUCUUGACCCUCCCUCUCUUGUUCACUUUGUUUAUGGCUUGCAUGGUUAUAUUCCCCCAUUCCAUGAUUGGAACAUUCAGACCACAAAAUGAUAUGUUCCGCAUAGAUUAGAGUUUCUGAGACGAUGUAAGAAAUGAUACCGACUUAGAUGAAGAGAUGUUAUCAUAAACGUGGAUGGUGAUGGCACCGGUUUCUUGCGUAUCAAUGUCAUUCCCCUUUGUUAUGCCCACAGACCAGUUAUUGCUAUAUCCUAUCAGUGCUGAUGACGACAAAGCUGAUUGUCAUUUAAACAAUCAGUUUUUAUACAUGUUACCUUGAUGAUACACACUUUGAGUAGGUGUGACCUCAGAAUUUUACCACAAUAGGUUAUUUUUUUUUUUUCCUCAUUUUGUAGGAGUUCUAGCAGGAUUCAUUUGGUCAUAGAAAUCUUGAGAUUUUUAGAUGACAUUCUUUGGUAUUUGUUCUACACUUAGUCAUACAAUGUUUUCUCUGGCACACUGGAAAUAGUUCAUCUUUGGAAGAGGAAGGGAAGACAGUUAGUGAUAAUUUAAAACUUCUGAGAAAUACUGAAGAGUUUCCAAUGAUAAUUGAUUUAUCAACGAAAUAAACAGAGCCCAGAUUGACUGGGUACAAUUCCAGUGUGUGUCUGUGAACUGGUCAAAUAAUGUGAGCAAUAAUCAAGUGAGUUUGCUUUUGUAAAGCAUUGACAGUACCCUUUAUCA